CAGUCAGGUAAACCUUUAACUUGACUUAAUCUCGAUAAUGAAUGCCAUAAUUUUGAUCUGAAUCUGAAUCCAAAUCUGAUUCAUUUUCGAGACAAGGAAGCAAAUAGGGGAUACGGAAUAAGUACUUACAUUCCUUGUCGCACAAAGCCAAUUCAAUUUAUCUUCUGCAUAUACCAUCUCUUGAGUCUUGACUUCUCCAACCAUCAAGUUUCUUGAUUCCAUUCGUCUUCUUCAACCUGAACAACUAUGUCUUCUGCUUCUAGCAAGAAGAGCUCUAGAAUUUCCUCUUCAAGCCACAGAUCGACGCUUUCUCUUCACAAGACUGAAAUCGUCAUCAAUGUUUACGAUCUUCUUCCUGCAGGCAAACUUUCUUCAAUCCUUUGGAGUUUUGGCACGUCCUUACUUCACAGUGGGAUCGUUAUAAAUGGCAGAGAAUACGCAUUUGGGGGACACGAUAAAAAGGGAAACACAGGCGUGUAUUGGCAAACUCCAAGACUAGAACCACCUGGAGGAACCUUCAGAUGCGAGAUUGUCCAAGGAUUCACCUUUUCCCCUCAAGCUGAAAUCGAUGCUGUUAUCAAGGAGGCUUCAUUAAUCUUCCAAGGAACAUCGUAUAAUCUCCUCACAAGAAAUUGCAAUCACUUUACAGCAUACAUGUGCGAGAGACUUACUGGUCAGUCUGGGCCAUCAUGGUUGAAUAGAGCUGCCAGUAUUGGAGUCGCAUUACCUUGCAUGGUUCCCAAACAAUGGAUUACACCACCAGACUACGAAACUGCAGAUGGGGAUCUUGUUGAUGAAUACCAUGAUGAGCAGGCUCUGCUGGGCAGCGCAAGACACAGUAUGGAUGAUGGGCGACCAGAUUUGGGCGAUGAGACAGAAUGGAGUUGUGACGAGGACUUUCAGGCCAUAAAAGGGAAGGGAAAAGAUGUCAGAGACACGUCAGGCAGAGUGGUCCCCCUUUCAGAGAGGGCACCUACGGCCAGGAGAUAA